AUGGCCAGACAGCAACCCGUAGUUGUCGUGCUCUCUUGUACCUUGCUGGACCCCGAGAAACGAACGAGAGGGCUCUGGAAAGGCGGCGGGGAAAUGCUUACUGUUGGGUUACCUGACCAGGAUAGGGAGCCACGGGCAGAUGCUUCGCUGCAAAUCAGCAGAUCCGAGUCGGAGUUUAACUUUAGCUGCUGGCCCUAA